AUGGCAGCUUCAGCUAACCACCCAGCAGCAGCUCAUGCUACAGAAAUGGACUUUGAUCUCGAUCUUCAUUCUAUCGACAUUGUCAACCUAGAUUUUAGAGACGACACCCUUUAUUUAAUAGAGACAGUUAAACAGGGAUUCAGCAAGCUUGAGAACCAUUGUGCCAUCUUAAAAAACGUGAAGGGCAGAGUUCUUGUAAUAGUCAAAGGCGGGAAAAUGGCUGUAUUUGAGGAGAUGUCUGAUGCGGAGAUUAAAGCCAAUGCACCUCGGACUCAAUUUAUAAUACAAUAUUAUAAAGAGACCAUGCCCAAAGGGUUAGCUGUAGCCAUCUCUGUGAAGACUGAGAAAAAGACUUAUACCCUGUCCUGCAAGGACAAAAAACUUCAUUUUAAGGAAGGUGCUGCUUCAGAAAAAAUUGAUGGCAAAGAACAGGAUAUCUUAUUCUACCAAGAGAAGAUUCCAGGCCAUAAUGACAAGAUGCAGUUUAAAUCUUUUUUAUACCCAGAAUAUUACUUGGCAUGUAAGCAGGAAAAGAAGGGCAUUUUUAAAUUGAUUUUAAAGAAAGGGAACCAAGACGAGGAAGGGUCUACAAAGUUCAUUGUCUGUUAUGACUGUGGGAAAACAGACUGCUAG